CCUAAGUGCCACUGCUCAUCAAGGACCCAGAACACUGUCCUCCUCUUUGACCUUUGCCUACAGUGAUUUUCAUCCCUCCCUCUCCCACCCAACAGGUGUCCUGGAGCUAGAACACCUGUCCCCCACCCCCACCCUGGGCCUCCAGAGACGUGAGAUGUGCUCAGGGCUCUGGGUGGGGCCUUCAGGCUCCCCAACUUCCCCCUUCCAGCCCCAGAUCCUCUCAGAUUUCCAGAGAUGGGCUCCAGCCAGGGAGGGUGGGGCUGCCCCUGGGACCAUCAGGAGUCACGGGCUGCCUGGGCAGUGACAGAGCCCUGCAGGGAGCAGACCUUCACUUGGCUCUGCCUCCUCUGACUCUAACACCAUGGCUGGGCACCUGUUCCUCCCCAUUGUGAUGCUUGGUAACCUCAGGGGACAGAAGUGGCUGCAAAGGGCCUGGGUCCUAGCAUCUGAGGGACUGGAGAGCAGGAUUCCUGGGUUCCAUGUGGGGAGGAGGACGUCAGAAGGAAGGAAGUGAGGCAGCAGAAGGCGAGGGUGUAUCAGAGGAGGGAGAGGGAGGCCUGGGUGCCCUGGGGAGACGGAGGUUGGGGAGGGAGUCAGGGAGGGCAUCUACCGAGUGCGAGUCACCAGCCUCUUCCUGCCUGCCUCUAUCUUUCCAGUCAUCAGUCCCAUCCCAGGAGCCUUCCAGGACUCAGCUCUCAGUCCCACCCAGGAAGAACCUGAAGAUCUGGACUGCGGGCGCUCUGAGCCCUCGGCCCGCAUCGUGGGGGGCUCAGACGCGCAGCCGGGCACCUGGCCUUGGCAGGUGAGCCUGCACCACGGGGGUGGCCACAUCUGCGGGGGCUCCCUUAUCGCCCCCUCCUGGGUCCUCUCUGCUGCUCACUGUUUCAUGACGAUAAUUUGGAGCCGAGCUGUCCCCAAAGCGAGGUGCUCUUCGAGGCAUCAUGGUUCCGAGUGGGGCAAGGCUGCCGUACUGGUCCCACCACUCCACUGAAUAUCCGAGUCUGAAUCCCAGCUUUCCGAUGACCCCCCACCACCACCUCAAGAUCGGAUUUGCCCUUCCCCCUUGAGGAGUAUCUGCACCAAAUCUGGAUCGGAUAGCACCUGCCCCUCUGGCUCUGAGCCCCUUGCCCCCACGAGGGUCUGCCCCCUCAAUAGGGUCAACCUAACCUCCUACUGCCCCGGCCGAGCGCAGGAACGGGACGCUGGAGCCCGCGGCCGAGUGGUCGGUACUGCUGGGCGUGCACUCCCAGGACGGGCCCCUGGACGGCGCGCACACCCGCGCAGUGGCCGCCAUCGUGGUGCCGGUCAACUACAGCCAAGUGGAGCUGGGCGCCGACCUGGCCCUGCUGCACCUGGCCUCACCCGCCAGCCUGGGCCCCGCCGUGCGGCCCGUCUGCCUGCCGCGCGCCUCACACCGCUUCGUGCACGGCACCGCCUGCUGGGCCACCGGCUGGGGAGACGUCCAGGAGGCAGAUCCUCUGCCUCUCCCCUGGGUGCUACAGGAAGUGGAGCUAAGGCUGCUGGGUGAGGCCACCUGUCAGUGUCUCUACAGCCAGCCUGGUCCUUUCAACCUCACUCUCCAGAUAUUGCCAGGGAUGCUGUGUGCUGGCUACCCAGAGGGCCGCAGGGACACCUGCCAGGGUGACUCUGGGGGGCCCCUGGUCUGUGAGGAAGGUGGCCGCUGGUUCCAGGCAGGAAUCACCAGCUUUGGCUUUGGCUGUGGACGGAGAAACCGCCCUGGAGUUUUCACUGCCGUGGCUACCUAUGAGGCAUGGAUACGAGAACAGGUGAUGGGUUCAGAGCCUGGGCCUGCCUUUCCAAUCCAGCCUCAGAAGCCCCAGUCAGAUCCCCAGGAGCCCAGGGAGAACUGUACCAUUGCCCUGCCUGAGUGUGGGAAGGCCCUGCGGCCAGGGGCCUGGCCCUGGGAGGCCCAGGUGAUGGUACCAGGAUCCAGACCCUGCCAUGGGGCACUGGUGUCUGAAAGCUGGGUCUUGGCACCUGCCAGCUGCUUUCUGUACCCGAGCAGCUCCGACAGCCCGCCCCGCGACCUCGACGCCUGGCGCGUGCUGCUACCCUCGCGCCCACGCGCGGAGCGGGUGGCACGCCUGGUGCAGCACGAGAACGCCUCGUGGGACGACUCCUCGGACCUGGCGCUGCUGCAGCUGCGCACGCCUGUGAACCUGAGCGCGGCUCCGAGGCCCGUGUGCCUACCCCACCCGGAACACUACUUCCUGCCCGGAAGCCGCUGCCGCCUGGCCCGCUGGGGCCGCGGGGAACCCGCGCUUGGCCCAGGCGCGCUGCUGGAGGCAGAGCUGUUAGGCGGCUGGUGGUGCCACUGCCUGUAUGGCCGCCAGGGGGCGGCAGUGCCGCUGCCGGGAGACCCGCCGCACGCGCUCUGCCCUGCCUACCAGGAGGAGGCGGAGGCGGGCCACUGCUGGAAUGACUCGCGUUGGAGCCUUUUGUGCCAGGAAGAGGGGACCUGGUUUCUGGUUGGAAUCAGAGACUUUCCCAGUGGCUGUCUACGUCCCCGAGCCUUCUUCCCCGUGCAGACCCAUGGCCCAUGGAUCAGCCAUGUGACUCAGGGAGCCUACCUGGAGGACCAGCUAGCCUGGGAUUGGGGCCCUGAUGGGGAGGAGACUGAGACACAGACUUGUCCCCCCCACACACAGCAUGGUGCCUGUGGCCUGCGGCCGGAGGCUGCUACAGUGGGGGUCCUUUGGCCCUGGCUGGCAGAGGUGCAUGUGGCUGGUGAUCGAAUCUGCACUGGGAUCCUUCUGGCCCCAGGCUGGGUCCUGGUAGCCACUCACUGUGUCCUCAGGCCAGGCUCUACAACAGUGCCUUACAUUGAAGUGUAUCUGGGCCGGGCAGGGGCCAGCCCCCUCCCACAGGGCCACCAGGUAUCCCGCUUGGUCAUCAGCAUCCGGCUGCCCCGGCACCUGGGACUCAGGCCCCCCCUGGCCCUCCUGGAGCUGAGCUCCCGGGUGGAGCCCUCCCCAUCAGCCCUGCCCAUCUGUCUCCACCCGGCGGGUAUCCCUCCGGGGGCCAGCUGCUGGGUGCUGGGCUGGAAAGAACCCCAGGACCGAGUCCCUGUGGCUGCUGCUGUCUCCAUCUUAACACCACGAAUCUGCCACUGCCUCUAUCAGGGAAUCCUGCCCCCUGGAACCCUCUGUGUCCUGUAUGCAGAGGGGCAAGAGAACAGGUGUGAGAUGACCUCAGCACCGCCCCUCCUAUGCCAGACAACGGAAGGCUCCUGGGUCCUCGUGGGCAUGGCUGUUCAAGGGAGCCAGGAGCUGUUUGCCGCCAUUGGUCCUGAAGAGGCCUGGAUCUCCCAGACAGUGGGAGAGGCCCACUUCCUGCCUUCCAGUGGCUCCCCACACUGGCCUACUGGAGGCAGCAACCUCUGUCCCCCAGAACUGGCCAAGGCCUCAGGAUCUCCGCGUGCAGUGCACUUCCUGCUCCUGCUGACUCUCCUGAUCCAGAGCUGAGGGGCUAGGGUCCUGGUGCCACUUCCCCCUUCUACUUCCCACCCUCUACUUCCCGCCCAGUGGGGCUGGAAUGUGGCCCAGCCGGCUGGAACCUCAAGGGCCCCACCCACCUAGAUUGCAGCGGCUCGGGGGAAUUGGGCCUCAGUGCCCGGGCUAUUUUGAACCCAGGAAUCCUUGGGGGUGGCGGGAGGAGCGGGACAGUAAAGGUGUAAACACA